GCGGUCACAGGUGCCGCGGCCGCCUCUUGAGUCGGAUGAGAGGCGCCUCCGCGCCCCAACCAGCUGCUGCCGCUGCUCCCCUCCCUCCACCCUACGCGCUGCUGCUGCUGCUUCAGCCGUCAGCCAAGGGCAGCUCUUCCGAGGCGGCGCGUGCAGGAAGGGCAGCACGAGCCGAGCAGCUGCGCGCGAGGGAGCCGGGGAGAGAGAGAGACUCAUGCCUGGCAGAAACCAAAACCACACUCUGCCACAGCUACAGAAUUUUCCACAGGAUUACAAAUAGAAUUGAAGGUUGCUGAAGUCCUGGAGGAAAGUGAGCAUUCUUGUAAGCCUAGCGAAGUGUCACUUUGAGGAGGGAAGCUUACACUGAAGUUCUGGGGCACAGAAUUUUGGAAGGUGGGGAAGGCAGCAGUGGUGGCGUGUGAAUGCCUGUUUAUAACCAAUGCCGGAGUCAAUAAUAUGGCAUAGAUAACAAGAAGGAUUUGCUGGAGAAGAGCUACUCAGACUUGCUGACUAUUUUUAUUCCUUCCUUUGUACCAAAAAUCCCCCCUGCCGCCGCUCAAACACUGCUAAAAGAUGCCAGCCAAGACACCCAUCUACCUGAAAGCCGGCAACAAUAAGAAAGGGAAGAAAUUCAAGCUGAGAGACAUUUUGUCUCCUGAUAUGAUCAGCCCACCUCUUGGUGAUUUUCGCCACACAAUUCAUAUCGGGAAAGAAGGACAGCACGAUGUUUUUGGAGACAUCUCCUUCCUGCAAGGGAAUUAUGAGCUCUUACCUGGGAACGAGGGAGAGACAGCCAGCCAGUGUGAAGGCCACAAUGAGUUCCUAAGGGCAAACAGCACCUCUGACUCUGUGUUUGCCGAAACGCCUUCUCCGGUGCUCAAAAAUGCCAUAUCACUUCCUGCCAUCGGUGGUUCUCAAGCCCUCAUGCUGCCCUUGUUGUCACCGGUGACGUUUAAUUCAAAGCAGGACUCUUUGGGGCCUUUAAGGAAUCCCAGGCAUAGCUGCGAGCCCGUAAUGGAAGAAAAGUUGCAGGGGAAGAGCAAACACUUGGAGAAUGGGAAAAUAUACAAAGAUGACAUCACAUGGGAGCGGAACGUCCCAACAUCGCAUUAUACUAAUGGGAGAGACAGUCAUUCAUCCAGCCUUUCGGAGCAAUACGCUGAAUGGCAAACAGAGGAGUUAUUUGACAAUGGCCAUCUUUCAUGUGAUCUAACCAAGACUCAGCCUAAAUCAGAAGACUCCCUUUCAGAUCUGGCAGAGCCUCUUCUUUCUUUGCAACUUGACCUCGGGCCAUCACUUUUGGAUGAAGUGCUCAACGUAAUGGACAAAAACAAAACAUAGAACUUGCUGCUUUUUUGCCUCAGUCAUUCAUACAAACACAACUGAAAUGUAUGGGCACCAUCCAACUAAGGUUAAGCAAUUGAGGCUGCAAUCCUCUGUACGCUUCUUUGGGAAUAAGCCUCACUGAACUCAGUGAGCCUUACUUCUCAGUAAAGCAUUGGGUGCACCUUUUGAGGAUGAAUGGGAUUUAAGUGUGCUUAACUUUAGACGGAUUGUGAUUUGCGUGUUUAUAUACAAAACCAACUCCCUUUGCAGUAGACAAUUUUUCUAAAACAAAUGACUUUAAACUAUUUUUUUACUUAAUUUCCAUGAUUUUUCUAACAUGGCAAAUGUCGGAUAACAAGAGGGCGUAUUUUAACAACACAAUUUUCAGCCAAUUAAACUGUUUUCUAAGAACCAAGAGUCAACAUAAUAUUUGGGUUGAUUCUGCAAGUUAGGACAAUUAAUUCAUUUUCAGGAACCCUUUGGUUCUCAAGGACCCUGUGUGUGCCAGGCAGAAGAUUUAUGAAGUGAAGGUUAAAUGUUAAUUAGUUCAGCAUUACUUAAUAUGUAAAACUUUCCCAGAAUGAUAGUAGGGUUUUUUGUUUUGUUUUUAAUUAGCGAUGUUUUUCAUUCUGGCUGCACUGUUAUUGUUGAGUGUUAAUGCAUAGCUCUGUGUUCAAAUGGGAAUGGCUUUCUUCUGUUCAACUGUUAUGGGAAAUAUAUGUAGCCAAUACAAACUGGUGCCAUUGAAGUUACUGGAGCCUCUCAUGUGAGCUCUUAUGCCAAUACGUAUUCAAUCUUAGACAAUCCAAUUUUUAAAGAGAUGAAUUACACUCACUGCAUUAUUUUAUGAGCUGAAAUCUGUUUUUAUGCACAUUCACAUCAGAUUCACAUCACACAACACACACACACACACACACACACACACACACACACUGACACACACACACUUGCACCAGUGAGCUGUCGCUUGGCAUUUUAUUUGGAGAGCCAUUGUAUAAACUGUAUAUUUGUGUGCAUUUAUGGAAAAUACGUAUUUGAUCCUUUAGCUUUGUUCCUUUCAGUUACUGACAUUGACACACAAAUCUUUGAAAUUUUGCAAUGGGUUAUUUCAUGAUUUUAGAGGGAAGCUCAAAGGAGACACUGCUGCAACAGAUGGUACGUCAGGGAAUAUAGUGAUGUCCCUGCAUUGUUUUAAUACUUUGUGCAAUACAAUAAAGAGUAAAGAAUUAAUG